GGCGCGCUGCCGCCAUGUCUCCUGAAGAUAAACGGCGGCUAGCUUUCUCCUCCGCCGCGCUGCUGCUGCUCGCGCUCCUCCUCCUCGCGCUGAGUUACAUACCGACUUAUCUCUAUAUCCUCUUCUUUUUCGCGGGUUCCUGCUGCGUCGGUUACUACAAAGCGGAGGAGUUCCGGCUCUUCGACAGACUAGGCCUCAACCCCCGCCCUGGCCUGACGGUGCCGCCGGCUCUGCUGCGCUGUUUGCCGGGCGGGAGUCUGCGCGGGGCGCCGGCGGGCGCUCGAAACAAGAACCGCGCCAACAAAAGCGAUGCGAGAAAUUCUCUAGCGACUCCCGGCGAAAGGCAUUUCGGCAGCCCCGCUCAGCGGCGAGAGGCCGCGUUCGGCGACUCGGCGUUUAGCCCGCGGGACUUACUAAUGGGGAGCUACCUCGCCAAGGCGGAGAGCCCCUCCGUUUCGGGGAGGCCUGCCGGAGGCUCCGGGGCUCACGGCCACGCCGGGGAGCAGCUCCGAGAGAGACUCGUCCGGCCAAACCACGGAGUCCCCACUCCGAACAGGAGACUCUCUUUCGGAGACCCAGUAGGUACUAUGGGGAGGUUUACCAUCACCCCUCAGAGACAUUACCCCCUGCAGCAGACGGGGGCAUCUUCGGUGGGCGUGCUUCCCCCAGCACAGUGGGACGGGUUCCGUAAGAAGAACAUCCUCACUCAGCGCAACACACCUGUGCACAGUCCAGUUACAGUGAAGAUCGCUAGACCAGACAACACGACCCGGUCAUCAUUUUUCGACCAGCUGAACUCCCCUGGAGCGCUCACCUCCCCUGGGUUUGGAGUCCAAGCUGACCCCUGCUCUAGAGAGACUGUGUUGAAUGUGCUGAGAGAGAGCCGUAAGCGUGACGCUGAUGGUGAAGACAGAGGCCAUGGAGCUGGGCAGAAGAGCAAAAGGAGGCGGCAUGACAGCAGUGGAAGUUCCCAGUCAGCGUUUGAGCCGCUGCUAGCAAACGGCGCCCCAUCACAGCUUGUGCCAAAACCUGGAAGUUUAAAGAGGGGGUUGAACGCCUCUGUGUUGGAGGAGUCCACAAUGAAGCGAUCUCGCGCCUCCUCCAUAAGUUCAGUGAGUGGUGCUCCUACUUCCUUUGGCGUGCCAGGAUCUGUCCGCAACCCCAUUCGCAGCUCCUACAGCUCUUCCCAAGGCUACACACAGAGGAGAGCAGCGUCUAGUUUGAGUUUGUCUCCUCUCACAAGCCCUGGAUCAUCUCGGUGUCAGACUCCUGAGAGACUGGCUAAAAAGCCCAGGGAAGAAGAUGCAACGUCUCCAAGUUCUGUUUCUUCCAUGAAGUCUGAUAAGACAGCCACUGACCUCGCUCCUGGCUCAGGGAAACGUAGCCCUGUGCCUGAAGCCCCUGUUACAUCAGCAUCAGACUCUGGAGGAAGCGGUGGCAAACGCAAGCGCAAGAUCCAGCUGGUGUCCACACGGAGAGGAGACCAAAUCUCUAUGCCUCCACCCCCUGAGCUGGGCUACACAAUCACUGUGAAGGACCUGGACAUGGAGAAGAAAGCUGCUCUCAGCCAAAUCCAGAAAGUCCUCGAGGAGCCCGAGCCAGAGAAGCCAACUCCUGCACCUGCUCCUGCUCCUGCUCCUUCUGUAGGCCUUUUCUCACCACUAGCUCCAACCUCCUCAACUGCAGACACCCCUGCUGUGAGCACUCACCCUCUGGUGUCUCUCCCCACCCCUGCUGCCACACCUACACUUCCCUCCACCACAGUUUCUACUCCAGCUCCAACGAUCGAUCUCACGGUGACUCCAGCAAGCACAGCCAGUGCUGCGUUGACCCUGAUUACCACCCCUGCUGCUACCACCACCACCACCAGCAGCACUUCAGCUGCCACUCUCCCAGCUCCAAGUCUGGCUAACCCACUACUGGAGUCCCUUAAGAACAUGAAGAACAAUUCCCUGCUCAGUGCUCCUUCUCCUCUGGCUGCUAUCUCUGCAGCAGCACCUGUGGUGGCGCAGAUUCCUACCCCGGUUGUCUCCACUGGUCUAAGCACCGGAGCCGUGAAAUCAGAGCCUGUUCUUGCUGCUCCACAGCCCACAGUGUCAAACUCUCUCGCCCCAGCUACGCAACCAGCCACCUCCAUGCCCUCUGCUUUUGCCCAGAUCCUGGCCCAGCCACUGCAGCCAUUGCCCAGCACAGUCAGUCUGGGAGGGAGCAGCCUCUUCAGCCUGCAGCCUGUGGCAACCCUUGCGUCUGCUUCACCUACACCUACUGCGUCUAUUGCCCUUACAGUGGCUGCUAACAGUGCAGCCAGCCCAGCACCAUCCGGGUUCAAGCCUAUUUUUGGGGCAGCAACCACAGCGCCAGCAUCGGCUACAGACGUCAAACCCACUCAACCCACUUUCAAGCCCAUUUUCGGUAGCACUGCAGGGGGUGGUGUUAGUGCAUUUGGUCAGCCGGCGAAAUCAGCUUCCUCUGCACCAGCAACACAGAGUGCUACAUCAUUGUUUGGGAGCCUGACCAACACCCAGCCAACAGGUGCCUCUGCCGCCUCAUCCACACCCGCCACCCAGGCUCCCAGCCAGUCUCUGUUUGGAAGCUGGAGCGCCACAUCUGCUCCAGCCCCUGCUCCAGCUCCAACUUCUGCUCCAGCUCCAACCGUAAACAGCACCUUUCAGUUUGGAGCAUCGUCAUCUACACCUGCUGCCUCAGGUCUUAGCACUAGUACCACCACCAGUAGCAGCGCCACCGCCACCUUCCAGUUCGGUGCUGUAAAGCCUCCACAGACUGCUGCUCCAGCGGCUCCUCAGAGCACAUUCACAUUUGGACAGACGCCCGCAGUACAAAACUCUACCACCACCCCUUUCGGAGGGUUUGGCAUGGCAAGCAAUACCGCCACCACAACAGCGAGCGCUCCUACGACCCAGGCCACCUUCGGUAGCUCUGCGUUCAGCACAUCUAUGUCCUUCCCCAACGCAGCCACUCAGGCACCUGCUGCAGCAAAGCCUUUCACGUUUGGUGCUAGCACCGGAGGCAGCACAGCCACACCAUUCGCAUUUGGCGCACCCGCUAGCACAGCAGCACCUGCAUUCGGGACUCCUAGUCAGCCUACGUUUGGCAGCACCUCAGCUGGCUUCUCUUUUGGGAACACCACCACCCCAUCAGUGGCUCCAGCCUUUGGGGCAACCACACAGACUGCUGCCCCUGUUCCGGCCCCCGCCUUCACCUUUGGAGCGGCUCCAGCCACUCCACAGAACUCUGCCCAGAGUGCUCCUGCCCCAGCAGCAUCUGGGGGGUUCAAUUUCACCGCAUCGCUGUCAGGAGCACAGUUUGGAACACCAGCUCCUCCAGCUCAGACUCCAGGGUUCACGUUCGGCGCAAGCAACACUGAUAACAAGCCUGCUUUUGGAACAUCCACCCCUGCAUUCGGCAACACAGGCGGCCCCAUCCCAUUUGGCAGCCCUGGGACACCUGUUCAAGGAUUCAGUGCCUCACCUUUUGGCACUCCUCCAGCUACUUUCUCAAUUGGUGCGGGCUCCAAGCCCAGCGGGACACGGCAGAGGCUGCAGGCGCGCAGGCAGCACGUGAGGAAGAAGUAAGAGUGACCCGAGGCCUCUUCCUCAACCUCUUGUUUAUUUGGACAAACGCAACGCCCCUCCUGACUAUCCCAGCCGCUGCCGCUACCACCUACGCUGCUGCUAAUGAGACUCGAUCAGGCUUAACACAGGACACAUCUGACCAAACUGUACAGCUCUGUAGUCAGUAGGGCUGGUCAGAUGAUGAGGUUCGAGGAUAACCGGUUACCCUUAUCCCUGGUCCAGGGCAGGAGAGAUCGGAACACCCAGAUCUUCCUGGGUGGAGUCACUAUCUGACGAAUAAGUAACGUGAGGGGUGUUUGGACAAACAGAGCUAAUCGUUGUACUUGACAAAGAAAACUAGGACAAUAGACGAUUCAAAACUUGGACGUAAACGUGAACAUGUGAAGUCCAGGCCAAAAGAAACUCAAUCUGGUUUUGACUCACAAUUUUGUGUUUUUUCUUUUUU